AUGAGUACAAAUAAAUAUCGUAACUUUGAAGACGAAUCAUUCAGUGAAGCUGCUGUACCACUAGAUGUACCUAAGCUCAGAAAAGAUAAUCGUCGGCUUGGCUCAUUAAGCGUUGCUGAACUUAAUGAGUGCCAGUUAUUUUGGUUACGUCGAUCUCAGAUACAGGAUUUUAGUUCGGAAAUAAGUUCACUGACACAUGGAAAUGAGGUUAAUCGCCGAAGUUGUCUAAAAUCACUAAAUCCAUUUCUUGAUUGCCAUAAUGUAAUACGAGUGGGAGGCAGAUUGUCCUAUGCUCCAAUACCUGAAAGUCAAAGGUGUCCAAUUGUUCUGUCGUCGAGGAAUCCAAUUGUUAAAAUGUUGUUUCAAUAUGAACACAUUCGACUACUUUACAUCGGUCCUCAAGGACUCCUGGCUCAUAUCCAUAGGAAAUACUGGCCUAUCAGAGGCAGAAGUUUAGCUCGUCAAACUGUCCAUAAAUGUAUGAUUUGCUUUCGAUUUAAACCACGGAUGCUCCAACCUGUCAUGGCUCCCUUGCCUUCGGUUCGUGAUACCAGAUGUCGGGCAUUUGAAAGGGCUGGUGUUGACUUGUACGGUCCUAUCAACAUUCGUAGCGGGUUGAGGAAGGUCACGCCGUUGAAGCAUUACAUUGCAGUUUUCGUGUGCAUGGUUACGCGUGCAGUUAUUUGGAGCUUGUUCGAGAUCUGUCUUCGGAUGCGUUCAUUUCUGUGUUAUUCCGGCGCAAAAAAGAUACUUUCGUCAUGGGCAUCUGAUCUAUCUAAAGAAAGUAAACUCAAUGAUCAACUGUCGGAAUUGGGCAUUGAAUGGCAAUUUAUUCUUCCUUCAGCUCCGCAUUCUGGCGGGCUGUGGGAAUCUGCAGUUAAAUCGGCGAAACAACAUCUUGUUAAAUCCAGUAACGGUUCUCUUUUAACUUAUGAAGAAACUAGUACGCUGUUGUGCAGAAAUGAAGCAGUACUCAACUCUAGACCUCUCACUGCAACCUCAUCUGAUCCAUCUGACUUUAAUGUUUUGACUCCAGGGCAUUUCUUAAUUGGAUGUCCAUUGACUUCUCCACCUGAACCCAAUGUGUUGAAUCUUCCUGAAAAUCGGCUCCGUAAAUUCCAAUUAAUACAAGCUCGAUUACAACACUUUUGGAAAAGAUGGUCUGCAGAAUACCUACCACAGUUGCAACGCCGAGAUCGUUGGAUCUCAAAGAAGUCUAAAGAUAUAUCAGUCGGUGAUUUGGCAAUCCUAAAACCGGAUAACAUCCCAUCACUCCAAUGGCAGAUGGUUCGAGUCAUCAAGGUUUGUCCGGGUGCCGAUGGUGUUGUUAGGGUAGUUACAGUUCGGAACGCAACUGGUACAGAAUAUGUUCGACCGGUGCGGAAGUUGGCUCGCUUACCCAAUCAAGAAGAAGAUUUACCCAAUCAAAAAGAUGGUGAAGAUGCAGAAUAUUAG